UCAAAGUUGGGAAGUGGAGCGAAAUUUAUCUAAUUUUGUUUCUAAUAGUUAUGAAUGAAAAUAAUUACAAUUAUUGUUAAAAUCAUUUGAAUAUUGCAACUGAUUUCUUAAAUUUUCAUAUGAAACCAGCUAAUAACAAGAUAUUUAUUUUUGGACACGGUUAUAUAAAGUCAGUUCAGUCAGUUCCCUUGUCGUCUCCACAAACAGAUACAUUUUUAUCCGUGUGCUGUAUAUGGUCGUGUUCUAGAACGUUGAGGACUUUCAAAGAAUACAUAAUGCGUUAUAAGAAGCGUACGGCGCAAACCUCGAGGGCUGCUCGUCACGGCGACAAGAAAUAUACAAUACAAUUGGAUUUGGAUUACCUGGAGCGGGGUGGCGUGCCUGCAUUGCCUGUACCUGCUCCGACUGUAGAGCCCAGCCCUGACACUAUAGAUCUCGUCAAGGUCAUACUGCUUGGAGCACCAGCCGUCGGCAAAACCAGCAUCAUCCAGCAAUUUGUCUGGAGCGACUUUACAGAGCAAUACAUACCAACGGAACACAAACAGACGUUCUAUCCGUCGGUGAUCAUAAACGAGCAUCUGUACGAGCUUAAAAUUACAGAUGUCCCAGUAAUACCAUACUUUCCCAUAAACUCGUACUACGAAUGGGCACAUUACAGAUUUUACGGUCUGCGGAACGCCACCGCCUACAUCUUAGUCUUCGAUCUGGCGAACGUUGAAACGUUUCAAUUUAUCAGAAAUCUGAGAGACCAAAUGUUCGAGAGCCGGGACAUGAAAAAUGUACCGGUUCUUGUAGUUGGUAACAAACAGGAUUUAAUGUGCAGCAGCACUCCGUCGGGGACCAGUGGUCUUCAACAGUUAGCGAUGGCUGAAAGCGCGUGCACCGAUUCCAGAGAGAAGAGACGGAAUAUCGUGAAUCUUGUUCGCAAACACUGGAAGUGCGCCUACAUAGAGUGCUCGGCUAAAUACAACUGGCGUGUUAUAUCCAUUUUCAAAGAAUUGAUGGAGACGAUUGACGCCAUGGAGUGGAGUGGAGGAGGAAGAGGUUCUGAACCACCGCCCGACUCCACUGCAGCCGGUGGGAAAUCACACGAAAACCGUUGCGCCGUUUCUUAAGUCAAUUUUCUUUUUAUCAGUAUUGUUUAUAGUAAUUGGGUUCAGGCAAUCGACAGUGUAGGGCUUUACUUGCAGUUUAAAAUCAAACCAGUUCUGUAAAGUUAUAAAAAACUAUUGGCAAUUUUAAAUUAACGUUGCAUUGUUGUGGUUCUCUGAUUAAAGGUCACGUUCAAAAGUUUUACGCGAUAGCUGUAACUAAAUAGCGAAAUGGAAAAGCAGUUUUGCAAUGUCUGGAACAACUGUAUAGCACAAUUGGCGUUACGCUGCAAAAUUCAAUGUCUCAAAUAUUGUUUAACGGGAUUAUUUGUUUUGUAAUAACUUGUGUUAGAAAAAAAUCUAUCAGAUUUUUUCUCGUCAAAUCGAUAUACGUAUAUACUUAACUUAAAACGUUAACUUAGAUAUUGAAAAUAAAAAAAAUUAAAAAUAAUUCUCCAUGAUAUCUUAGACGCAAUAAUGAGAUACUUUCAAACGUUAAUGAACGUAAUAAAAUUAUGAAAGUCUUUUAAAAAAAAAUUUAGAGCAGCAACAGCAACAGGGUACUUUACACUUUUCUAAUUCAAAUGAAUUUCGUCUUUAAUAAUCGAGAGAGAUGUAUCCAUCCGCUCAUAUACCUUAAGAGACGCGCGAUCUUUUAGGACGUAACGCUUUACAACGCUUACAUAGUUCUCUACUUUUAGAGCUAUUAUCUUACAUAUAAAUCAAUUGUUAUAUUUUAGUAUGUUCAAUAAAUAUAUUGAGAUAAAUACAUCUCUUAUUAGAAUAUCUGUUGUUAUAAAUAUUGAUAUAUGUAUGUAUGUUAAGUUGUGUCCUAAACUCCGUGUUGUGCUUUGACCCUAGUGCUUCCUUGAAAGAUUUAAGGUUCGGUCCUAACUGUCGACGGUUUCGUGAGCUCGAGCGUCGAUUAUGUGGAGUGGAUCCUUAGAGUAUUCUAUAUCGACUUCUUAGAUACUUUAUUUAUUUCAAUUUACCUGUGCCAAAAAAAUUAUUUACAUAAAAUUUUGUUAUUAAAUUAUCAUUAAAUUUAAAAUUUAUUAUUUAUUGAAUAUAAAAAUUAACUCGUGUCACUCUGUCUAUAUAUUUAUAUAUAAUGAAAAUCAUAAUUCUCUGGUAAAAAACAUUUUUAACAAUGAAUUUUUUUAUAAAUAGUUUGCUACGAAAGUUUCUACGCACUUUGUUUCAACAUAUCACUUAGUUUGCUAUAUAUUUUUAAUAUUAUUUAGAUUGAUAAUAAAAGUAUACAAGUUUUUAAAUUAAGCUAAAUGUUGUUAGAUGUGUUUAAGGUGUUUAAAUGUGAAAAUACACAGAUAUCAUUUAGUAGUUGAACUUAGUCGUUAACUCUCACCGUUGUCUAUUGUUGGGUAGAUUUGAUCUUGGAUCAUUAUUUGGUGCAAUAAAAUGUUGUGAACAAUUUA